UUGUAAUAUAUACCUAUCGAUGUCGAAACCCACAGAUUGAGACGCAAGUGAUUAUUGGUAAAAUUUUGCUGAAAAUGUUUUGAUGAAUAAUAUAACCUUCAUUUAAGUCAUCGCAUCAGACGAACAAUAAAGAUAACUCCCAAGACACCUGGGAAAGGGAUCUGUGCCUGAAUCCUCCGAAGCCUCUCUGUGAAUCAUUUGACAGUUCGAGCUACCCCUGGCAUGUAAACAAAUAUGACAGGCAGCCACUGACAAAGUAUUCAAAUUCUUGUCAAAAUAAUCGAAUCGCCGGUACCAUUGCUGCUCAUACUAGCACAUCAGAUUGCAAAAAAAGAUACAACAGACAAGCUCAAUAUUAUUUUUGGUUUAUCCCCAUGGUAUGGAUGCACCAAGAUAGGGUAAAUUGAAAAUGAACGCACAAAAACUUGCAGUUGUCAGCACAAGAAAUAAUCUGCAGACACAAAUGGGGGCCUGACAGAGGAGCAAAAAUUCUACAAUUGUCCUGACCCAAUGCAAGGAGAAAGAUGAGAGUCACAGGCCUGAUUCCUGCACGUUUCUUGACUCUAACAUCACAUCUAGUUAUUCUUAUAACAGUAUUGUUAGCAAGGGAGGAAAAUGUUAAAGCAUGUCUACCCCACAAUUACAGUGCAGCAGAGUAUAGCAGAAGAGAAGGAGAAUUUCUUGGUGGUUUGAUUGCUGGCGUUGGACUGACAGCUAUUGAGAUCAUAGGAUUUAUGACAGGCGUUUCAAUGUUCACAGGCCUUGCAUCCCUGAUAUCUAUUGCCUGCCAUUGUGGAGCUUCAGUCAGCUUAGCAUAUAUGGUGGUAGAUUCUUGGGACUGCAGGCUUUAUUGGUGGAUAUUUGGGCUUACGUCUGUCAUUCCUGCCCUGAUUGAAGUGGGUGUCAUGAUAAGUGUACUGAUGCUGAAGAAAAAUGUUUAAUAUUUGUUUUAUUGCAGAUAAUGCUGAGUGGUCUGGAAGUAUAUACUGUAUUUACACUUAGCGUCUUGUCUAUUCUCUGCUGAGACUAAUGCCGAGUGGUCUGGAAGUAUACAUUGUGGAUAAUACUGAGUGAUAUGUUUUCAUUAAGUUUCAUGUUUAGUCAGCUAAUUAAUAUAAAUGUUCCUUGUAUUUAUGAUUUCAGGUUUUAUCUCUACAUUGUAUGAUGCAUGAGAGAAAUAAAGUAAAAAGAUA